ACAUCACUAAUUUAACUUCGAUUAGGAUAGUAUGUUUUUGAUCAUAGUUUUACGAAAUAAACCAAGAUAAUGAUGACACAUUAUGUUUUACGAUGUUAUCAUAAAUUAUCAAAAUCAGAAAAUAGUUAUGCGUAUGAGAAAUAGAUUUGGGCCUAUCUAAAGCAUCAAUAGUGUUUAUAACUUUUAAUAUGAAGACCGUACCUUUGAUUAUUGAUGGACAUGAUUAUGACUCUACUUCUUUUAUUAUUGGAUUAGUUUUGGCAAUAUCUUCUAGUCUUUUUAUUGGUACAAGCUUUAUAAUUAAGAAAAUUGCGCUUAAAAAAAUAAAUGCAUUAGGAAAUGUCAGAGCUUCAGCAGGAGGUUAUGGAUAUUUAAAGCAAUGGAUGUGGUGGUUAGGACUGAUAACGAUGGGAAUUGGUGAGAUGACUAAUCUCUUGGCAUAUGCAUUUGCUCCAGCAGCGCUAGUAACUCCACUAGGUGCUCUAAGUGUAAUUGUUACAGCCAUUCUAUCUUCUAAAUUUCUAAAUGAAAAAUUAAACUUGAUUGGAAAGAUUGGCUGUUUCCUUUGUGUUGUUGGAUCCAUUAUUUUUAUAAUUCAUUCACCAAAAACAGAAGAAAUCAAAUCAUUUUUGGAACUUGUCGAGAAAUUAGGCGACUACCUAUUUUUAUCAUAUGUGGCAUCAAUAUUUGUGAUGAGUCUUAUAAUAAAGAUUUUUUUUGUUCCUAGAUUUGGUAACACAAAUAUAGUUAUAUACUUAUUAUUGUGUUCAACAAUAGGCAGUUUGACUGUAGUUUUUUGUAAAGCUCUUGCAUUGGGUAUAAAAGAGAUGUUUACUGGUAGAGUAAAUGUAUUUUCACAUUUUGCAUUUUGGUUAUUGUUGGUGGUUUCAAUAUUUUGUAUCAUGGUACAAAUGAACUACUUGAACAAAUCAUUAGAUAUCUUCAACACCAGCAUAGUUACUCCAAUUUAUUAUGUUAUGUUCACUCUUUUAGUUAUUUUAGCUUCUAGUAUUCUUUUUAAAGAAUGGGAGCACAUGCCACUUGACAAUAUUAUUGGAUGUUGCUGUGGAUUUUUAGUAGUAACAACAGCAGUUUUUAUAUUAACUUUAUUCAAAGAUAUGCAAGUUUCAUUUAGGGAUCUAAAUUUCAAUUCAAGAAUAAGAAGGAGUAGCAAUAAUACUAGUUUAGAAACUGGUAACUGUAUGUUAAAUACAUCUCAAAUACAAUAGUCACCCAAUUAGGAAAUUGUUACUACACAAACAUUUCUUUGCCUGGGUUUGCUCUUAUCAAAAAAACACAUUCAACCCAUAGUUAACCUGUUUCAAUAUUUUUGUCCAUGCAAAUACUCAGUUUAGCUCUAUUUUUGUAUUGUGGAAAAGUAAACAAUUGAGCUUCCUUUUGUUAAUAUAGGCACCUACAUUGUAUAUACUAUAGAUAAGCAGCAGUUUUAUCUUUAUUGUGUAAAAAGCUUUACUUAUAGGAAUAAAUUCCAGAAUAGGCAUAACAUU